AUGUAUGUACCUGAUGUAAACUUUGGAUGUUGAUAGUGCAUUUUAUUUCUUUCUACUUUAGAUGAGUUAUGCCAUUGUCGAAUUUGUGAAGUCAAAAGAAGUUGAAGUUGUGCCAGUUUCGUGGGUGUCGGAUAGGCAGUGCCGCUGGCCUGACCAUGUAAAGGCUGAAAAAGCCAGUAGAAUGGUGAAGAAACAGACUCCUCCGCAGGCGGCGUGGAAACGCUUUGACAUUGCUGUCAAAGGACUGUUUGGUACUUAUGAUAGUGCACGAAAAAAUCUGAACCGUAGCCAGUUCCACUCUGACCUGGGCAGUGAUUCUGAAGUGGUUCCAAGGAAGCGAUGCCGAAGGCCACCACGGAACUGGACAGACUCUGACUCUAAUGCGAGUGGGACAGAAGAGGCCACUGCAAAGACAUGUCCACUGACACUCCCCGCCAUUCCGAAAAAUUUCCCUCAAGGCCUGACUUCAAGUCAAAUGUCAAGUGGAGCUACCGGCAGUGAGAGAGAAAUACCAAGAACAGGCUUGCUGUCACGUUCAAAUUCAUCAUGCAGUGAGCGUGAUAACACUGUUGAUGCAGGCAAGUACAGUACAGUCUAGUCUAUUUCUUAUUUUAGGUCAAUAUUUAGCUGAUCAAUAAUGUAACUGUGAAAAGGGCUUGGGUUUCUGAGUGGUUUACCAUAGUUUCUAAGCACUCUUAGCUAAUGCCAGA